AUGGAGAAUAGUUUAAAAGACUUGAUGGCACGACUUACUAAUCAGACAUCUGACCAUGUCAGGCCUGCAUGCCAAAAGUGUGGAUAUCCUGGUCAUUUUACAUACCAGUGUCGGAACUUUGUAAAGGUGAAUCCUAAUAAAGAUAUUGUAUUGGACAUAAGCUCAACAAGCUCAGAAUCAGACAGUGAGGAGGAAUUUGUAUCACCUUUGCAACAGAUUAGUUUACAUUCUCAGAGUGAAAAGGAAAAGAAACACAAAAAGACAGCAAAAACCAAAAGAGAGAAGAAAAGAAAAAAAAGACACCGAUCCAGAACACCAGAAACGUCAAAUGAUUCUGGGUCAUUGAGUGAUGUAGACACUGAGUCAACUAACAGUACCAAAGUUCCUAAAAAAAAGAAGAAACAGAUGAAAAAACAAAGUAAACAUAAGCUAAAGAGUAAGCAUCAUAAAAAAAAAUCUUGUAAAACAAAAUGCAAUCAUAACUCUAGUAGUACAGACUGA